AUGUCCCUCGAAAUACAGCAAAACGAACGGACCAAACGAUGCUUUGUCGAGCUGGAAAAACGGCUAGACGACCCCGAAAAGCAGCAGAUUGUCGCUGUACUGGCGCAGAAGGAUGUUUUAACCGUUGGAGAUGUCAAGAAAAUUCAGGCCCUCAUCCCUCCAAAUUUCCCGGCAUUUUUCAUCCUGCUGAACGAAUUUCGACGAGCCAGCCCCGCAUUCCGCGCCAAAACCGACCAGCUAAAACGCAAAUUUGAAGACUAUGCCUAUCGCAAGUUGGUGGAAAGCGUCGACCCGGCCCAAUCAUACGGCGCCACCCCAUUGAUGGCCGAUUUUGGCUCGGAUUUCCGGUCGAUGAACCGUCAGCUGGGCACGGUAAUCAAUUUCGCGAUCACGGUCAUCGGCGGGUUCUUUUUCGGCUUCAGCGGCGUCACCUACGCGUAUCCAUCUAGAGAUUGGGAUUUGGCGACGAGGUUCCUUAUCGGCCUCGUGCUGGCGACGAUCAUCUUCUUUGCCGAUCUGUACUUUCUGAUCAAGAAUAUGGACGAGGAGCUGGCGCCGAGGCCUAAUGCCGGGAAGCUUCACGAGGUUCCCCUGGAUCUGAGGGCCCUCGCCGGAGACAAGGCUGCUACAAAGACCGCCAAACCGGAGAAGUUCGACGUGGUCGUGGUGGGCGGCGGCAUCGUGGGCUGCGCGACGGCGCGUGAGAUUCUGCUCGAGCGGCCGAAUCUGAAGGUGGCCGUCAUUGAGAAGGAGGCCCAGCUCGCGCCUCAUCAAAGUGGGAACAACAGCGGCGUCAUCCACGCGGGCAUCUACUACACUCCGGGCAGCUUGAAGGCCAGGUUAUGCGUAGAAGGGAUGAAGCUGGCCUACGAGUUCUUCGACCGUCGCAAAUUCCCCUAUAAAAAGACGGGCAAGCUGAUCGUGGCCGUCGAGCCAGUGGAGGUCGAUCGAUUGAUGCACCUCUACGAGCGCGGUGUGCAGAACGGGGUGCCCGACUUGGAACUGGUCGACGGCGACCGCAUCAAGGAGUUCGAGCCGCAUUGCAAGGGGCUGAAGGCCAUCUGGUCACCGCACACCGGCAUCGUCGAUUGGGGCGCCGUCACGCGGGAAUAUGCCAACGACUUCCGGGAAAAGGGUGGAGAGGUGCUCCUCCACCAUCCACUACGUUCGUUCGGGCAAUCCGGCGAUCCGGAAUAUCCGGUACGGAUCGUGUCGGACGCGGACAAGGCCCCACUAUUAACGAAAUACGUGAUCACCUGCGCCGGGCUGCAGUCUGACCGUGUCGCUCAAUUAUCCGGCUCCUCCAGGGAUCCGAAGAUUGUCCCAUUUAGGGGUGAAUACUUGCUGCUGAAGCCGGAGAAGCGACACCUCGUCAAAACUAACAUUUACCCGGUUCCCGAUCCGAGAUUCCCGUUCCUCGGCGUCCACUUUACACCGCGAAUGAAUGGCGACGUGUGGCUGGGCCCGAAUGCGGUGCUUGCGUACAAACGUGAGGGCUAUUCAUAUUUCUCCGUGUCGCCGCGGGACCUGUUCGAGUCGCUGUCGUAUAGCGGAAUGCAAAAGCUGGUCGGCAAGUACUUCAACUACGGCAUCAAAGAGUUCUACCGCGGCAUUUUCAUCCGUGCACAGGUGAAGCAGCUGCAACGUUUCGUGCCCGAGCUCAAAUUCUCCGACGUCACACGCGGCCCAUCCGGUGUACGCGCCCAGGCAAUGGACGCCCAAGGGAAUCUGGUCGACGAUUUCGUCUUUGAUGCAGCGGAAGGAGAAUUCGACGGUCGCAUUCUGCACGUCCGCAACGCCCCGAGCCCCGGCGCCACCUCGUCGCUGGCCAUCGCGAAGAUGAUCACCGAAAGAGCGCAGAAGCUGUUCAACUUU